AUUACAAGCUCAAAUUAAAGCAAACCCACCAACAUAUCCUUCAUUCAUUUUCUCUCAACUACUACAUUUCUAUUCCAAACUUCAAAACCCCCAAAUGGGCAAGCCAGGCUAUACCAUGUCUCUGCUUGUAAUGGUACUUGUUGGUCUUAUGGCCGCACAGGCCACUGCGUUGAUGCCAUACACAAGGUCCCUAUGGGACAUGAUGCUCCCAUCUGAGGACCCUUUUAGAAUCCUUGAACAAACCCCACUAACCAUCCCCAAAGGCAUUGAGAACCUUGCUUUGGCACGUGCAGACUGGAAGGAGACCCCCACAGCUCAUGUCAUAACCUUGGACGUACCUGGGAUAAACAAGGAUGAUAUCAAGAUUGAGGUGGAGGAUAACAGGGUGUUGAGGAUCAGUGGAGAAAGGAAAGGUGAAGAAGAAACUGAGGGUGACAAGUGGCAUAGGGCUGAGAGGACUAAUGGCAAGUUCUGGAGGCAGUUCAGGUUGUCAGGGAAUGCGGAUUUGGAUCAUGUUAAGGCACAUAUUGAGAAUGGUGUUUUGAGGAUCACAGUGCCAAAGUUUGCUGAGGAGAAGAAGAGGCAGCCUAAAGUGAUUAACAUUGCUGUGGAGGGGUCCUCUGGUGAAGACAUUAAGGCUACCAAGGCUGAGAUGUAAAGAAGAAUGCUUUGGGUUUUUUUUGGUUGGAUCUCACUUUUGUAUUGCAAUAUGUAUGUUUCAAGGAAAAUAUGAUACUACUUUGUACCGGCAAUUUGGUUUUGUAUUUCAAGUUUUUGUAAUCUGGUCUUGAUGCAAUAAAAUCAAGUUUAUAAAUUGGAAAUUUCGGCCAUGCUUUAAUUAA